AUGGUGACCCUGGAGGAGCUGCGGGAGAUGGAGUGCGGCGCGCUCCGCAGGCUGCUGGCCCGGGAGGGCGCGGGGGGGGAGGCGGCGGCGGCCCCGGGGGGCGUCGGGCAGCGCCCCGUGCCCCCCGUGCCCCCCGUGCCCCCCGUGCCCAUGCCGCCGCUGCUGCUGGACUGCAGGCCGUUCCUGGCCCACAGCGCGGGCUCCAUCGUGGGCGCGCUGAACGUGCGGUGCCACCCCAUCGUGCGGCGCCGCGCCAAGGGCUCGGUGAGCCUGGACCAGCUGCUGCCCGCCGACGGGGCCGUGCGCGCCCGCCUGCGCUCCGCCCGCUACGGCGCCGUGGUGCUCUACGACGAGCGGACCCCCCGAGUCCACCGCCUGAGCCGCGACGGCACCGUGGCGCUCGUCCUAAGCGCCCUCAGGGGGCGCGUCGGACGGACCCCCAUCUGCCUGCUCAAAGGCGGCUAUGAGCGGUUUUCGUCUGAAUACCCGGAAUUCUGUUCCAAAACCAAGUCCCUGCCCAGUGGGCACGUGGCAUUUUCCCCCGAGCCCCCGGAGACGGGCUGCAGCUCUUGGGGGACCCCGCUGCAUGAUCAGGGGGGGCCAGUCGAGAUCCUGCCCUUCCUCUACCUCGGUAGUGCUCACCACGCUGCCCGCAGGGACACGCUGGACGCGCUGGGCAUCACCGCCCUGCUGAACGUCUCCUCCAACUGCCCCAACCACUUUGAGGGACAUUUCCGCUACAAGUCCAUCCCCGUGGAGGACAACCACGUGACGGAUAUCGGCUCCUGGUUCAUGGAGGCCAUCGAGUUCAUAGAUUCGGUGCAGGCCGGGCAGGGCCGGGUGCUGGUGCACUGCCAGGCGGGGAUCUCGCGCUCAGCCACUAUCUGCCUGGCCUACUUGAUGAUGAAGCGGCGCGUGCGGCUGGAGGAGGCCUUUGAGUUCGUGAGGCAGCGCCGCAGCAUCAUCUCCCCCAACUUCAGCUUCAUGGGGCAGCUGCUGCAGUUCGAGGCCCAGGUGCUGGCUACCUCGUGCGCCGCGGAGGCGGUCAGCCCCACGGCUGGCCGGCGGGAGAGUGGCCCGCCCGGCACCACGCCCACCGCCCAGUUCGUCUUCAGCUUCCCCGUGUCCGUGCAUGCCACGCCCAGCGGCCUCCCCUAUCAUCACAGCCCCAUCACCACCUCCCCCAGUAGCUGAGGCCCACGGCCACCCCGUGACGGCCGAGGUGGGCAACCGGUGAGCAGGGGGCGGGCCUUCAUCCCCCCCACCCUCAAUGGGCUCAGAAAGAACGGCAAUAAAGACUCUGAAUCCUCCAACAAGCCCCCAGCGGAAGCCUCCUGCUCCCGCAGCAAUAACGGCCCGGCGCCGCUCUGUUUUCUGAAAGAAGUUUCUUACCUCAGUUUUUUAAGCAAUGAGGCCCGGCGACUCGAGUCCACACAUCCUGAUGGGGCGGCUUGCCCUUCGUGCCUGGGAGCGGCGGGAGCGGGGGAGGCCACGGCCGGCGGUUCAACAACAGCCGCUUUCCAGAAGUGCCUGGUUUUGUGGCCAGUGGUUGGGAUCCUCUUUUUAAGGAAAUCUUUCAUUGUGUCGUGUUCGUUUUAAACCACAAUCAGGUGGCUAGUAAUCAUGCUGUUGAUAAUAAAGGUAUUUAUUAAGUAGUUUCCUCCCAAACUGACAAGCA